GCAGUCGCACUUUAUCAGGAUUUCAAACUGCAUCAUUUAUCUCUUUGAGGAAAGCCUCUGUCGGAGAAGAUUGCCCUCAAUAGACCCGCCACAAAAACAUUUUAGCGUUGCUCUUGUGCUUCUGUGCAUCGCACUGCGCAGGGGUCCCAGUGGUCCCUUGGGAAUACAAGGAGUUGUGAGAAGUUACACAACUGGCCACCAGACUAAUCCACUCCCUCUACCUUCCCGCGAGUACCUCCCCCUUCUGCUCUUUUUUUCAAUAGCAGCCCUUUCUCAAAAUCUCAGGUUACUUUGCUAAAGAGUUCUCAGCCUUAUAGUUUCUGCCCUUGUCUCUGCCUCCAGCUCCUUAAGAGCCACCCAACCCCAGCGAUUGGAUUGGGCAGCCCGUCUUGACACACCACUGUGCUGAGUGCUUGAGGACGUGUUUCAACAGAUGGUUGGGGUUAGUGUGUGUCAUCACACUCGAGUGGGGAUUAGGGGAGAGAGGCAGCCUUGCUGGAGCUGUGUGGUCUUCCCCAAGUGUGAGCUGCAAGCAAAAGAAGAAAUACCUAGCUCUGGGGGAGAAACGGGAAGAAUCGUCUCCAGCAGCUCAGAGGGAAAAAUAAAACCGCACACUUUGUUCAGUUCUUCACAGUAACUGUCACAUACCUCUGGUGCUUAUGAAUUAUUGGCCUCCUACUUGUGAAAGAAAUCUAACACUGUCCUCACCACUUACAGGUUUUGCCCAUAAUAAAUUCACUGAACAAGACAUACGGACUUCUAUCCAAUGCUAUGAAAAUUAACCAAGGCACAUUAACUUCAGGAAAUUUUCAAAGGGCUCCUCCUACAGAUGUUCUGAACACGUCUGCAUCCAGGCAAUUUUUUACUGCGCCCAGGUCUUGAAAACUAGAGUUCAGGAACUUCUGGAUCAGUCUUUUCAUUGAAAUACUGGAACUACUAUGAAGCCUUCUUGGUUUGCACUCAUGUUGGCAGUGCUCAGUACUGAAAUGCUAACAAGUCACUGUUCCACCAUCAAGUCCCCAAGGUUCAGAGGACGUGUGCAGCAGGAGCGAAAAAAUAUCAGACCAAAUAUCAUCCUUGUACUCACAGAUGAUCAAGAUGUGGAGCUAGGGUCCUUGCAAGUGAUGAAUAAAACCAGGAGGAUUAUGGAGAACGGAGGGGCCUCUUUCAUCAAUGCCUUUGUAACUACCCCCAUGUGCUGCCCAUCCCGUUCCUCAAUGCUGACUGGGAAGUAUGUGCACAACCACAACAUCUACACCAACAACGAAAACUGCUCUUCUCCCUCAUGGCAGGCUACUCACGAGCCUCGCACCUUCGCUGUGUAUCUCAAUAACACUGGCUACAGAACAGCUUUUUUUGGGAAAUACCUCAAUGAAUACAAUGGCAGCUACAUCCCUCCUGGGUGGAGAGAGUGGGUUGGAUUAGUGAAGAACUCUCGCUUCUAUAAUUACACCAUUUCUCGCAAUGGUAACAAAGAGAAGCACGGAUUUGAUUAUGCAAAGGACUACUUCACAGACCUAAUCACUAAUGAGAGCAUUAAUUACUUCAGAAUGUCUAAGAGGAUAUAUCCCCAUAGGCCCAUAAUGAUGGUCAUCAGCCACGCUGCACCCCAUGGCCCCGAGGAUUCUGCGCCGCAGUUCUCUGAGCUCUACCCCAACGCUUCACAGCACAUCACUCCCAGCUAUAACUAUGCACCAAACAUGGAUAAGCACUGGAUUAUGCAGUACACGGGGCCCAUGCUGCCAAUCCACAUGGAGUUUACCAACGUCUUGCAGCGCAAAAGACUUCAGACCCUGAUGUCAGUUGAUGACUCUAUGGAAAGAUUACACCAAAUGCUUGCAGAGAUGGGAGAACUGGAGAAUACCUACAUUAUUUACACUGCUGACCAUGGAUACCAUAUUGGGCAGUUCGGACUGGUCAAGGGGAAGUCAAUGCCGUAUGACUUUGAUAUUCGAGUUCCUUUCUUUAUUCGUGGUCCAAGUGUGGAGCCAGGAUCAGUUGUGCCUCAGAUAGUUCUGAAUAUUGAUCUUGCUCCAACAAUUCUGGAUAUAGCAGGCCUUGACACACCUCCAGAUAUGGAUGGCAAAUCUGUCCUAAAGCUUCUGGACUUGGAGAGACCAGGAAACAGGUUUCGAACAAACAAGAAGACCAAAAUUUGGCGUGACACAUUUCUAGUGGAAAGAGGCAAAUUUCUACGCAAGAAGGAGGAACCCAACAAAAACACUCAGCAGUCUAAUCAACUACCAAAGUAUGAGAGAGUAAAAGAAUUAUGCCAACAAGCAAGAUACCAGACAGCCUGUGAACAACCAGGACAGAAGUGGCAGUGCACAGAGGAUGCUUCUGGCAAGCUUCGAAUUCACAAGUGCAAGGUGUCGAGCGACAUCCUCGCCAUCAGAAAGAGAACGCGCAGCCUCCACUCCCGCGGCUACGGCGGCAAAGACAAAGACUGCAACUGUGGAGACACUGAUUACAGGAACAGCAGGACCCAAAGGAAAAAUCAAAGACAGUUCCUGAGAAACCCUAAUGUGCAAAAAUACAAACCUCGAUUUGUUCACACUCGCCAAACCCGGUCCUUGUCUGUGGAAUUUGAAGGUGAGAUAUAUGACAUAAAUCUGGAAGAAGAAGAACUGCAGGUGUUGAAGACCAGAAGUAUCACCAAGCGUCACAAUGUUGGAAAUGAGGAGGAAGGAGAGGAAACUGCUCGUGCUGCUCGUGACACAAUGGUCGCUGAUGGCACUGAUGCUAUGGGUCAGCCCAGCUCUGUCAGAGUGACACACAAAUGUUUCAUUCUUCCAAAUGACACUAUUCACUGUGAGAGGGAGCUGUACCAGUCUGCCAGAGCCUGGAAGGAUCACAAGGCUUACAUUGAUAAGGAGAUCGAAGCUCUCCAAGACAAAAUUAAGAAUUUGAGGGAAGUUAGAGGACACCUAAAAAGAAGAAAACCAGAUGAAUGUGACUGUAGUAAACAGAGCUAUUACAACAAAGAGAAGGGGGUAAAGGCCCAAGACAAACUCAAGAGCCAUCUUCAUCCCUUCAAAGAAGCAGCACAGGAGGUGGAUGGCAAACUGCAGCUGUUCAAAGAGAACCGGAGAAGGAAGAAGGAGCGGAAGGGAAAAAGGCGCCAGAAGAAGGGAGAUGAGUGUAGCCUUCCCGGGCUGACAUGCUUCACCCAUGACAACAACCACUGGCAAACAGCACCAUUCUGGAACUUGGGCUCUUUCUGUGCUUGCACAAGCUCCAACAACAACACUUACUGGUGUUUGCGAACAGUUAAUGACACCCACAAUUUUCUGUUUUGUGAGUUUGCAACCGGCUUCUUGGAAUAUUUUGAUAUGAACACUGAUCCCUAUCAGCUGACCAAUACAGUUCACACAGUGGAAAGAGGCAUUUUGAAUCAAUUACACGUCCAACUUAUGGAACUGAGAAGUUGUCAAGGUUACAAGCAAUGCAAUCCAAGGCCAAAGGGACUUGAAACAGAGGACACUUAUGGGAUGGAUGGGAAGGCUAAGCUGCCCAUUUUCACUGGCGACAUUGACUGGCAAGGACUGGAAGACUUGUACAGUGUGAAUGAAAGUGUAUAUGAAUACAGACACAACUUUAGACUUAGUCUGGCUGACUGGACUAAUUACUUGAAGGAUGUAGAUAGAAUGUUUGCACUGCUGAACAGUUACUACGAGCAAAAUAAACCAGACAAGGAUAACACUGGUCAAAGCAACGGGGACGAAUCAUCCACGCCAUUCACCUUGGUGGAAAUGACUUCUGCUGAGGAGUCCAGCGGCCUGACUGCAGAAGAGUUGCAGCUUAUUGUGCCAACAGACUUUGCAGCCCUUGCUUUGAGCACAGUGAAUUUAAGUCAGGAGAGGAAACUUGAAUUAAACAAUGAUAUUCCUGAGAAAAGUAGUUUGAAUGACGCACACUGGAGAAAUAGUCAUCCAGCUGAAAAAUGGAUGGAGGAUAAAGAAUCGGACCGUUUUGAUAUGGAUUUCAGUGGAAAUGGUUUGAUAGAGUUGGAGUCCCGGCACAGCUUCAUGCUACAGCCCAUCAGCAUUCCUCAAAAAGACACUCAUCAGGAUAGUGACACUGUGGAAGAUAUAUUUGAAGACCAAAUGUAUCUUCCCAUGAGGUCUGAUGAACCCUUCAUUCGUCAGACCGUAAACAUAUCCAUUAGGGAUUCACCUGUCAGUACCCAGGAAGAAGGAACUUUCUUUAAAAAAGCCAAACAGAGUCUUGCAGGAGAAGGUUCACAAAUCCUAAAUGCAGAAGGCAGUGCCUCAGCUCCACUCUCCUUGGAUUAGAUCAAGUUGUAACCAUUAAAUAAGUUCUCCUUUUUCUUAUUAGCAAACUAAUAAAGGUAAUCAAGACAACUGACAUUCCAUGUUUAUUGUAGAUACAUUUUGCAGCUAAAUUGAGCCCAGAUCAGUAUUUGUCUCUGUGCUUUUUUUUUUUUUUUUUAUUCACAUGCACAUGCUUUCACUUCUCCACACUGGGAAGCAAGAUUUCCAGUUUUCCAUUAAAAGAAACAGUGUUAACUCUCAAAUGCAGCAGCACAUUCUCUGAAAGCUAAAUUAUUUCUUCAAAAAGGAUGUCCAAGUCACUUUCUCUAUUUCCAAAUGAUCCCACCAUAACUGAGUGUUUCAGUUCACCCAGUAUGCCUGCAUAAUGUCUUUUUUAUCAAUUAUUUUAACUACUGGCAAUUCUUAAUGCCAUGCUUUCAAGUAAAAUGCACUUUUAAAAUCUGUAUGCCAUACCAUUUAUGCAUCUAAUACCUUACAGGUUUUUAGCUUGCUCGUUGUCUUAUGAAAUUGUGAAACCAAUAAACAGAUGGACCUGAAAGAGGUAAACACCAUGGAUUGUGGAAACAGACUCUUCAAAUAUUAUCUUAGCAAAAAUAUUGCAUGUUUUUGUUGCUUUAUUAAAUUUACUCUCAGAAAGGUAUGGCUAAUGAUUGUUAACUGUAGAAGGAUUUGUUUAAAUUGGAUUGUUUCCCUAUAUGUUGAUAUUGUCAGUAUUAAAAUUCCAUUAAUUUUUCUGACUUUUUUUUUUUUCUGAUACUGGUAGAAAGGAUUACAUCAGUGCAUAAAUGUUUUUGUUGCCCCACCUGAUUUUUAUUAUUCUGAGCAAUAUCUUGAAAGCAUUAUUAUCAUCUUGAGUCUUAAAUUCUUUUUCUGUUUUGAACAGGCAUUAAAGGGAAUGAUACAAUCAUGUUAGGUUUCCAUUAUUUUAGACACAAAAGGCACAUGAGAGUAAAAAAAUAGUAGUUUAGUAAUAAUUUUUGUUGUUGUAUUCUAAAUUUUUUCUUGAACUUUACCAAACAUUAAAUUGUAUGAAGUAUAAUACAAAAAUGACUUCGAAAAUCUGUAUUAGUCAAAACUUAAUAUUUUCCCUUGCUUUUUUAUAAAUUUCUAAAUAAUUAUCACAACAGCAACAAAAGAGAAUUACCUCAAACAGACGUAAUUCCACGUAAUUCCCAUGUCCAACUCACGGGUGUGUUUCCUACCUGUUACAUGUUAUUUAGUGUAGUGAAUAUUUUUGGCUAUUGCAAGCACUGCAGGUUAAACUUACAUUCAUUACAUUGUAUUUUAAGUUGAAACUUUUUAAAAAGGAGAUUCUUUUAGUAGGAUUUUAAUAAUUUUAAGGAGCAGUCUUUUUGAUGGACUCUGUAAAUAUGUUAAAAUUACUAGUUCUUUAUCUGAUGUAUGUGUCAUGGGCUGAUUGAUAGAAACACAUAUUUAUGGUCAUGAAUGAUGCUAUUUGUACAUAGGUUUUAAGUUACUAGGAUACAAACUGUGUUUUUAAAUCUUGUAUAAUAUUUCUGUGAUACUUUUAUAGUACAAUUCUGGCUUCGGGAAAGUCUAGAAGCAAUAUUUCUUGAAAUAAAAAGUGUUUUACUUUACCUGCUUCAGAGAAGUCAACAUGAUCCAGUUUUCCUCCUGAGUAAGUUUUAUUUCAAAAAUAUGUUGGCAGUUUCAGUUUUAAGCAUCCAUCCACAUUGAAAGCAUCAGGUAACAAAAUAACACACGACAUUCUUGUAGGUAUAAAUUAUUCCUGGAGAUGUGAGUAAUGUAUAUACAUUUUUGUUUAAGACAUAUUGUGAUUUUAAUUUUUUUAAUUCCAAAUUCAUCCGGUCCUUUCUUCCUUGAACUCCAUGCACAGAGCUGCACAACCAGCAGUUUCCAGAAGUAAUGAAAUGUUUCAUGGAGCCGUGUCUUGCUUUGCUGCUUUCUGUCCUCCCUGCACAGCUCUCCCUGUGACAGCACAGCACUGCAGACCAGACAUGCAGCACUUACCAAGAGUGAACCACAGAUCUCUAGUCAGGAUUUGUGUCUCCUUGUACAAGAGUCAGCACGAAAAGGAACUUAGCUUUCAAGGUAAACUCUCUCUUACAUGAACUCUAUGUUUGUUUGAUGGCCUGUGAACAAGAGUACUUUCAUACCUAAACUCAGCCUCUGAAUCUGUGCUUCUUGAACACAGGACAUCUUGAACAUCUGUGCUUUCCUUUACAUAGUCCUGGGACUCCGAUGCUCCUGCAGAUGUGAAGUUACAGGUGAUGUUUGUGGGGAUAAGAAAAGUGGAUGAUACCAAAUGUUCAAAAAGCAGUCACUGCAAUGUCAGAUAGAGCCCUGGGAGGUCUGCCCUGAAAGCACACUAGCAAGCACAACAUGUAUCUCAAAGCAGGAUGCAGGGCAGGUUGAGCCAGCGAGUUUGGGAGGACUUGAAGGACAAAGGCAAAUUGAAGUAAGGUCCCACACAACCACCUCUUGUACCUUUGUGCAGGGAAUUAUCCAGCACCAACAAUGUGCCCUACAUUCUUUGAAAGUACUGUUCUUUGAAAGAACCAAGCAAGGUGGGUCCUCUCUUAAUGCUGGGGCAGAGGGGAUAGUGCAACACUGUGGUCCAUGGAUUCACCCCACUUGUCCUUCUUCCUUACCUGAGAGCUUAAAGUACUCCUUGAGGAAAUGGCAGAAAGAGCAUCUUAUUAGUUUGAAAGUUGUCUCCCUUCUUUCUUCUAGGACAGUGCUCAGUCAUCUAAACUAUCAGUGAAACCUUCUAAACCAGGUGGGAGCCUUUUUUACAGGUCUCUUAUGGGAGUGUGGAGGAAAGAAAGUAUAAAGGACACUCAUUCUGUAGACAAGAGAUACAGACAGCAGCAAGCUCUGAUCCUUGCUGUCUUGGAAACAUGCACCAAAUAUAAAGCUAAACAAAGUUAAAGAGAUCAAAAUCUGUCAUCUCUCUAGGUGUGCAGCCUAAGCAGUGUGUUGCUGUCCCAAUUUGUUUUGUAUUUCUUGCUGCAUAGUACUUCUUGUCCCAUAGCUGAGGCAGUCAAAUCCAUGAGCAGGCAGGGUGUGACUGCCAGGAAGCUUUUACCGGCAGUUGCAGGCUUGGGAAUGAAGCAAGUGCCUCAAUCUGGCACUGCUCCUUAUAAGGGGGAGAACCAACAGGAUGACCUUCCUAGCUUUUUGUGAACUGGAGAGCAGUAGAGAUGUGUCUAUCCAGAAAGGCAGUACAUAGUUCAUGACUUUCUGAAGGGCUGGAGAUGGACAGAAGAACUUUUAAAACUGCCACAUCUUUGGGAGGUAGCAAGAUAUGCAAAAAGUUCCCUCUGGAAUUUAGGAUAAGGCAGCCAGUAUUGCUCUCACAUCCUUGGACAGUGUGAGGCACUUUAUGAGACCGCCUAUCAACUGCGAGCACUGCAGAAGAGCAAAGAUGUGCAGUGCUUCAGUUCCAGAACUAGACAUAGAAUCAUAGAGUGGCUUUGGGUCAGAAGCAGCCUUAAAAAUCAUCUGGUUCCAACCCCCACCAUGGGCAGGGACUGACUUAGAGCUGUUAUCAGCAGGUGAAUCCUGGUGUUACUGAGGUAAAUGCACAUUAGCAGCUUUGCAAAAAAAAAAAAAAAAAGGCAAAACAAAGAAACAUUUGGAUUAGAGCAUUACUCUGGAGUUCAGCCACCUGUAGGUUUUUGUGACAGUUGAGGGAAGGUAUUUUAGGGUGCACAGACCACCUCCACUCUCCCAGCCAAAAUCCCUUGAGAUGCCUGCAGCUGUCUACACUGAAGUCACAAAAGCAUAGUUAGAGGGGAUCUGUGUAAAACAGUCAGGACUGAGAACCCAAAGAAGAUCUGCCCAGGACUAGACUUGAGCCCUGAGCAGCUGUGGAUGCCUGGGUACAUGUGAUGUUGUAACAAACUUCUUCCUUUAGUUUCAGCAAAACCCAAUCCUGUUUGUGCUCCAACAUAAUUUUUCAGUGAGAACCGAUGUGCAGUAAAUAGGGUACAAGCCAGAGAGCAAUUCCAGAAAUGGUGUGUCACACCUGAGGGGAUGCAGUGCCAGCCUGAAGUGCCUGGGACUGCCUGGAGUGUGUGCACAGCCACUCGGGCAGCAGGUGUCAGUGCAGAGCCACGCCACACGCGCCUCUCCUUGAGCCUGCGCCCCUCCCUGGGCUGCCAGCACUGUUCAAUCCUCGACCGGCAACAGCACCUGGGAUGUGCUACGAAUCUAAUUUCAUCCACUUUCCUUGGUGUAACAGCUCUGGCCUUGGACACUGGUAACGUGCAGGGGGAUAUAAAAGAUGAUUUUUUGUGUGGUUAUAUGUAUUGGAAACGAAAACAUGCAAGUCUUGCUUUGAAAUCAGAGAGGAUCUAAACCAAAUCAACACACAUGAUAUGCUAUUUUUUAUUUCCAAGUAUCAAGUAUUCAAGAGUUUGUUUUGUAAACACAUGUUUACAACAGAUGCUGACAGUAGGUUUCAUUAAAUCAUGGGUUAUAUAACUUUAAAAUUACUCUAAGCUCUGAUGAGAAAUAAAUAUAAAUUUAAAAAAAAACAUACAGGAGCCUAAAGUAUGCAAAAAUACCCAUCAUAAACCAAUUCUCUUUUUACCACAGCACAGCACCCACACACUCAUACCAUCAGACAUACUCUACAAAUUUCCUUAAUACUCUACACAUUUGCUUAAUAAUGAGUUUUUUAAAAACUAAACAGUUUCAGGCAGUGUGCCCACUCCAUGCUCCUACAAUACUACCCAGACUGUUGCUGUUCUGCACAAAUCAUUUGGUAGAGGUAUGCACUGCAGCCAGGGGCCAAACUCCCAUGUGCUCAGGUGGUGAAAAGAGCAGGUCUUCUUUCAGAAAAGCCUCCACUCAACUGUGGACCUCACUGACAGAAAAUUUUCUUCUUUUUUUACUAAGACUCAGCUUUGGAUCAUUUUGUACGCAUUUUUUUGUUUUGUUUGGAAAUUUCCCUCCAGGUUUUCAAAUAUGGAGUUUGCUACAGAGGCAAAUUUUCUGGCCUGUCGGUCAGAAGUGUGAUUAGUGCUAUUAGUGCUUUCAGUGCUAUUUGGAAUACAGACGCCUGCCCUGCAUGACCAGCUCAGGCACAGUAAGACAAAAAAGUUGUGGUUCAGAAUUCAAGAUAUUAAAACCAAACCCCUAUUUUGUAAAUCGUAGCUCACUUUAAGGUCAACCAGAUUUGGCCUUUUUCUGUUCCUAGAAAUAGAAUUUACUCUUAUUUCUGGUAUUCCGUGAAAGAACAUUCAUAUUUCAGAUUUCAAUCCUCAUUUUAAUUCAGACGCUUACUAAUAUUGCUUGGUUAAGUGGUUCCAGAAUUUAGCCCUGUGUUUCUUAUCAUUGCCACAGAAUUUAUUUUUAGCCCCUGCUUAAGCAAAGCAACUAAAUAAAGUAACAUACUACAGCAGGCUGAAUACAUUCUACAUGAGACUUCUGUGGUCUGUGUAGCUUUUACUUUACCUAAUAGUGCUGGGCCAAAUCCUACACAGACUCCUGAAAUAACUUACCCACAGAAGAGCUAGGUAGGAACUGGCCCUCCAGGAAUUACAAACACUGUCUUUGUCAGAGCAGUCCAGACUUUAGGAACAGGAACACACACAGUUGCAUCAUUGACAUGCCUUGAAUAUGUCAUUUAAGUCAUAGUGAAUACAUCGUAAAAUACUUCAGUACCUAUUAGCACCACAGUGUUGUUUAGUCUUUUGUCCAGAGAUUAUCAAGCUGUCUCACCCUUCCUCAAGGUGAACAACAUUUUGGAUGCUUUUUGUAGCCCUUCAUUAAUUCCACGGCUUUUCAUCUAUUCUUUAUAAUGAACAAAACACUGUUACAGGUUAACAUUGUGACAAUUGGUUUGAGAUUGAGAAAAUAAAAAAACCUCAAUACACACAAUGGAUAAUACAAUAAUCAGAAGAGUAGGAUGGAACCUGGAUAAAUAAGCAUCUAUUCUGUAACACUUGAAGUCAAAAAAACUUUGGAGGUACUUUGAAAUUGCAGAGUUACAUCUGUGUUUAACAGCAGGCUGUAUUAACAAAAAAGAUAGCUGAGCUGAAGGACUGGAGGGGUGACUGCUAAAAUUAUUAACCGCAGUUAUUAACUGUAAUGCAACAAAUAUGGCCAUGGGACAUGGGUAGUGUUAACCUUCCUCCGUAAUUUCUGCAACAAAUUAUGAGGAAAACAUAGGAAAAAUGUGCUUCCUGAGGAUCAGGUAGGCUUUCAAACCUUUGGCCACAAAGUAACACAUAUUAGUGAUAUUCAGUGUAAAGGAGACAAAUCCCAUGAACCCGGCCAUAUCCUGUCCUCACACUGAAGGCCACAACACCUCUACUUUGUGACAAUGUUUACAUGCAAUCUUUUUGAAUUGUUAUUUGUCAAACAACAUGUUAAAAGAAAAAAAGAAAACACCCUAAUUCCCUACAAAAGAAUAAAUCUACCACCAUGAUGUUGACUGUCCAUUUUGUGAGCACUCUGAAGUGAUGAAAACGCCCAAAUAAUCAAGUCCAGUAUGUGAAGAACAUGAAAAUCAACACACAAAAUGUGUUGAUUACAGGUUUAAUCUAUAAGUAGCAAACACUCUGUCCAAAGCAAUGACGAUGCAGGUCACAGUCCUGGUAAAUCUGUUACCAGCUGGUUUAAGUCCCUGGAAAGCAACCACAGCUGGAUGGCUUCAGCUGGGGGAACCAGAUUCUGAAGCAUGCAGCAUAACAUCUCCUAAGCCAUUGUAAAAGACACAUUACUGAGAAAAAGAUAAACUUGUUUGGAAAGAUUUUUGUCUUCAAUCUCCAAAAAUAGUAGUAAUAUCCAGUGAAUAGAGUAUAAAAGCUAAAUAAGCUUGAUAUUCCCUACUUCACACACACUUGCUAAAGCACCAGCUUGUUAACUUCAACACAAGGUAUAGCCUAGUUCUUCAGCCUCACCAUUGGACUGGUGAGGCCAAGAAUCUGGCUCCAAAAUAGCAGUAAGACACUUUGGACCUAUUUAUCAUCACUUUUAUGUCAAUAUAACACUAUGAAAAGCUGUGGUAUCACAUGAACAGAAAAGUGUAGUAAGGCAGCAAUUAUUCAGGCAUUUUUUGGGGAAAACCUGCAAGAACAGUGCAGAAGGUGUUGACCCCUGUCCCAAAAAUGCUCUCUGAAGUUUCAUUGAGCAGGCAGCGCUCUGCUCCGUUUGUGCGGGAUACUGACAAUUUGUCAUCUGAACCCCUAGGUCCAAAUUCUGUGAAAGGGCACAAUUCAAGUCUACAGCAUUACUUGAGCAAUUUCAUUGGCUCUAAGGUCAGAAGGAUGCCUUUAUUUAAUCUCUCUCCCCAUGUAACACACAGGUUCUCAGACAGAAAUUCAUAAAUUAAAUGAAUGGCAGGAAGAAUGAGAAUGAAUCUUAGACCGUUCCCACAAAAUAUUUUGAAUUUGAAUUCUAUUUGAAAACGACAGCCUUCCUCCAUUGCUGGAUAUGUAGGUAGCCACACCUGAAUGCCACAGGAGAGUGCUCAAGUGCUUCUUUGUGCUAUUCUGGUUACAAUUAUCACUGAAUCCAUGGAGGAAACGCUCAGCAUAGAAACACUCUUUGGAUAAAUGAAUUUCUUUUUGAAUGCAGACAGGAUUCAGUCUCAUACCUAUAUAUGUGCAUUAUUUUCAAGUGCAUUACUGAAAUAUAUAAAUUUACCCACAUAUUUAAGUGUUCUGCUGGAUCAGAGCCAUAAUGAAUUAAUAGCUAAUAUUACAAAUUAAUAAGCAAUACUAAAAAAACCCAUAUUUUUGAAAACACUGUAUUAAUUCAGGCCUUUCAAAUGUGCAUUUCCAAUACUUAGUAGGAGAUUUUUGCCUCCUCUUACACAACAGUAAGUUCUGAAGAACUGCAUGUUACUACAUGCACUUUUAAAGAUAUACAAGCUGGCCAAAGAACUGAAAAUUUAUGAAUAAAUACAAAUUGCACCAUAAUAUUCAAAGGUUCUUGCAGCUGCUCACACUGUACUGAAAGGCUAUAAAAUGUCAUUGGUUCCAAAUUAUACUGUAUUUUAUCCAGUAUGCUCAAGGGGAAGAAGGGGGACCAAAACCAGGGGGCUUUUGACAAAAACUGGAAACAUGAACAGUCCCACUCUCCGGAUUACUCCAGCCCUGCAAAGAUCUACAAAUUAUCUCCUGCAGGUGCUGCAUUCAUAAGCACCUAAAGCCAUGGCUGCAUCCAUUCUGAAGUUUUCUCCUUUUUGAGGAAAAAGAGGUGAAUGGGAGGCUAAGCAGGGACAAUUAACCUGUUCACUCAAGUCCUUAUAUUUGGGCUACUCCUCGUCUAAUUCUCCUCACUCUAAAUCAGGACUAAGUGGUGGAAGAGGGAUUUAGUCUGUCCCUAUGAGGGCAUGGUGGCACUUUGACCAUCACCAGAUGUUGUUCCGUAUUAUCACUGGCUAGUAAGCUGCAGGCAGGUGAAUUGGGUCUGCUACCAAUAGCAGCCUGUGGGUGAGCAGGACACCUGCUUCACCUUUUCUGCCAGCAAACCUUUUGUUUUGUCCUUCAGGGACAGAGAGGGAACGUGGCAAAAAUUACAACUUAAUGGAAUUAUAUGUUCUAUGUUGAGAGGAUCUCACAGUAGGAUGACAGCAUGGGCCCCUUCACUGGAUGACUGCAAAGAUCUUUUUUAGUUCCCGUGAAGUCGGUUUAGCACCAUGCGUCGACCACAACUACUGCUAGGGGUGCACUCAAUGUCUGGAGAUGCUGCUUCCUCCAGCAGUGACAGCCAGAACACAGUGUUUGGUCAGCAGGUCUCAGUCCAUACACCAGUCAAUGACAAUACUGGCAGUGAAUGCGUUUCCCCUGCCUACCUUUACUGGCUCAGUUUAGACUGUUAUAGAUUACUCAUGAGAAACUCUCUUUCAGGAAUCAAUCAAAAACUGGCCAGUGUUUGGGUUUUCUUUCUUUCAGAGGACGCUGACUUAAUUGAUUUUAUAGAAAUUUAUUUGCAUUGCCAAAAUUAUCUUUACCCAAAACCAGGAAAAAAAUUGUUUGAAAAGUAAGGAAUUACAUUUUGGUUUGCAUGUAAUACUUAAAGAAAAAUUAAAAUUUAUUUUCCAAUUAAAAAUUAAAAUUGGAAGUAUGUAAAGAAGGCUUUUUCAGUAUUUCCAGAGUUAACAUCUUUCUUUCUACAUUCCACUUUUUCAACCAUCUAGGAAAUAUGAAUGUUCUUGGAAGUUGAAGGGUCAGGAUAUCCUAAAAAAUAGAUGGUUUCCAUUGCAACAAGCUCUGAAAUCCGUUGAAAGCUCAGAAACAGCAGCAGCUGCAGAAGUGUCACUUUUAUCACUCCCAUUCUUUGGCAUCAGUGCCAUUAGUUCCUGACAAUCCUAAUCUGCUCUUCCUUGGUUUUUUUUAUGGAACUGAAGCACACAAGGCAUGAAAUAUAAGAGAUCGGGACAGAUGAUUAAUCUUCAGUCUUUUACAAUUCCCUCAGUCUUUUACAAUUCCCUAAAUGCUCUGUUCCUGAGGUAUUUGAAAAGAUUGUCACUCUUCACUUCUCUCUGUGAUGAUUAAAAUGGGGAAGUGAUAAAAAUGGAUGAGGGCUGGGCUGUAAUUACACUUUGUCACACUGCUUAGCCAAUUUUCACCAUGGUAUAAAAUUCUUGGUGCAACAAGCAUUUGAGACUGAAGCAAAAGGAAAUAUUUUUAUCAUCUAUUCUGAUCUCCUAUAGCAAAUAUAUAUAUAUAUAUAUAUAUAUAUAUAUAUAUAUAUAUAUAUAUACCAAACACCUUUGAGCCAAGGACAUUUAUUUCUCAGGACAAGAAGUGUAGAAGCCAAUUAUCUCAGGAAGUGUGUACUGAGGACACAGUGGCUGCAUAAAAGGAAAAGACAUUCUCAGGCUUAACCCCAAAAAAGGCUGUUAAUACAGACAGAAUAGUAGGAAGAGGUCAAAACAAUAUUCCUCUAUGUUUGGGGUUGAAGAAUUGGAGUUUUCAGACACAAAUAGUAAGAAUUGUUACAAACUACAUAAAUGGACUGACACAUUCUGAAAUAAGCAGCCCCAUGGGUAGUCCCAUGUGCUGGUCAAGAAGAUCCAGGUGAUGACAAAAGGCAGUUGGCAAAGGCAGAGAGGGAAAUCUACUCUUCCCAGGGCCACUUGAUGGAUGCCAAGGAGAGCACUGCCUCUAUUUUCAGGGACUUGGUUCCAUAUAAUGUUUGAUCAAUAAACAC